ACACAUGACAUGCUGCCGCUUUUAUGCAACCAGAGGUACUUAAUAAAGUCUAGGAGCUGCAGAAAUUUGCAGAGGAAAAUAACUCGGGUAGUUCCUUUCGUGGAGCAGAAUGGAGUUUUCUGUGACAUUGAUUUCAUCUGGGCUGCUCAUUGUUUUGGUGCUGCUGUUAAACCUGAAGAGCAGUAAGAAGUUUCGUUUACCUCCAGGUCCGACAGCUUUGCCUCUCAUAGGAAACCUGCUGCAGCUGGACAAGAGGGCUCCAUUCAAAACUAUGGUCAAGCUCAGUGAGAACUAUGGGCCUGUGAUGACUGUGUACCUGGGCCCUCGGCGUGUUGUAGUGCUGGUGGGGUACGAUGCAGUUAAAGGCGCCCUGGUGGACCAAGCGGAUGACUUCACUGGCAGAGGACCACUUCCUUUCCUGAUCAGAGCUACAAAGGGCUACGGCUUGGGGAUCAGUAAUGGAGACCGCUGGCGACAGCUGCGCCGUUUCACCCUGACAACGCUAAGAGACUUUGGGAUGGGCCGUAAGGGCAUGGAGGAGUGGAUCCAGGAGGAAUCCAAACAUCUGUUGGCCCGGAUAAAUAAUACCAAAGCUGCACCCUUUGAUCCCACAUACUUCCUGGGCUGCUCGGUGUCCAAUGUGAUCUGCUGUCUGGUGUUUGGUCAUCGCUUCAGCUAUGAUGAUCAAGACUUCUUUAAGAUCCUGGAGUUAAUUCAAGGAGCAGUCAGAUUUGGAAGUAGUCCCUGGGGUCAGCUGUAUAACAUCUUUCCUAAACUGAUGGAGUGGCUGCCGGGUAAACAGCACAUAAUGUUUGGUAGAGUGGAAACGCUGAGAAACUUUACAAUGAAACAGAUCCAGGAACACAAGGACACGCUAGACCCCAACUCACCCAGGGACUUCAUCGACUGCUUUCUCAGCAGACUCGAUCAGGAAAAGCAUCUUCCCACAACUGAGUUCCAUUAUGAUAAUCUGGUGUCGACAGUGUUGAAUCUGUUUCUGGCAGGAACAGAAACAACCAGCUCAACUAUCAGAUAUUCACUCAGUGUGCUGAUCAAAUACCCCGAAAUACAGGAGCGCAUGCAGCAGGAGAUAGACACUGUGGUUGGGCAUGAACGCAGUCCUCGUAUGGAGGACAGGAAGUCCCUCCACUUCACUGAUGCAGUUCUUCAUGAAAUUCAGCGUUUUAUGGAUCUUGUCCCCAUGAGCGUUCCUCACUAUGCACUAGAGAACAUCACUUUCAGGGGCUACACAAUUCCAAAGGGUACACUUAUUAUUCCCUUGUUGCACUCUGUGCUCAAAGAGGAAAGACAUUGGGAGACCCCCUGGUCCUUUAACCCCCAGCACUUCCUUGACCACAAUGGCAACUUCAAGAAAAAUCCAGCAUUUCUGCCCUUCUCAGCAGGAAAGAGGUCUUGUGCUGGAGAGUCCUUGGCUCGCAUGGAGAUCUUCCUCUUCAUAGUGUCACUUCUGCAGAAUUUCACCUUCUCUGUCCCUGGAGGACCUGACACCAUAGAUCUGAGCCCUGAGUACAGCAGCUUUGCUAAUGUGCCUCGCAGAUACGACAUCAUUGCAACACCUCGGUGGGAACAGUAACAGCGUAAUGUUCUCAGCUUCUUUCUGGUGUUAAUCCUCAAAAAACGUGAUCAAAUGAUUCAAAGGAGUCAGCAACACUAAGAACCUUGACUUUAUGUUUAGGUUUCAUUUUUUUCAAUAUAAAACAUUGGGGGUGCUUCAAUCCUGUUAAAAAUCUAACAAAAUUUUGAGUUAUGUAAUACAGUUUCCCCAACCUGCUUUCUAAAAUAGAAUCCCAGUUCUCUCAGAAAAUCGUGUAAACCAAUAUGUUAUUCAUGACAGAACAGAAAUAACACGUCAGAUGUUGAAACUGAGGCAUUUUACUAUUUCAUGAAAAAUAUUAGCUUGUUUACCAUUGUGUUACCUUUUGUUGCCCUGUCCUACUAUUUUGAGAUCUAUUGCUGCUUUGAAUUCAAAACUAACAAAUAUUUUACAUUAAAUUAUGAAAUUUCUUAGUUUCAAAAGUUUGUGAGAUUUACAAAUCAUUGCAUUCUGCGUAUCUGGGACACAACUUUUUGGGAAUUUGAACACAAAUAGUUUAUCUGUUGGUUUGACGAACUGGAUUUUAUUCAUGUUAAAAAUGCCCCAGCUUGCACAGUGGCCUAAUGUGGCUCUUUGUGAAAGACUUUCUCCCAUAACAUCGCCAUCACUCUUAUUAGAAAUUGCUCUAGUUUACCACACCUUCAAUACAAGUCUUGAGAAAUCUUUGUGUUAGAGCUGGGUGGGUCUGUUGGCAGAAAUAGAUUUUUUUUCGUUUGUGUAAAUGAAAUAAAUGCCAAUAAGAGUUUCUGAAAGAUUAUAAAGAGCCCUCUUUCUACAUCUCAUAUUACAACCCACAUAUUUAAACACAUAAAUUUAGUGCUGGUUCAACAUUUAUUCUUUUCUUGGUUUCAUGGCCAUGCAAGCUUUUCCAUUACACCUUAAUGGAUGAUAGUGAAGGGAGCUGUAACCUGCAGCUUUGCCACUAGAUGCCAGUAAAUCACACUCAUAAAGGAAAUCUGAGUAUGAGUAUCUCUGCCAGUGAAAAUCUCACUGCUGGAAUCUGAGUUUUUGCUUUAUGGAGUUGUUCUGUAUCGUUCACAUUGUAUCAUUUUGUGAUAUUUUUGCCUUUUUUUCUAGUUAAAGGUACAGUGUGUUAUACUUAGUAGCAUUUGGCUGAAGAAACCUCCAAAAAUGGAACAUAACUGCCAUCUUUCUACAGUACAAUAAAAGGGACCAAAUAACAGUUAUGCACUUUUCAAAUUCCCCAUUGCAUUACAUGGUAAACUCUAACUGUUAAAUUCUGCUAAUAUCCUGAAUUUUACAUACUGUACCUUUAAAAAUAAGCCACUUAAUAACAUACAUAGAUUAUUUUGUACUCUUUUAUUCCUCUGAUACCAUCAGUCCUUUGGUGACAAACCCUAACCGCAGAGACCCUCUUGUUUACAUCCUGUAGCUGGGUGACGUCUUGUACGUAGAUACAUCUGUAAUCUGAUGAGUUCAAGGUCAGGUAAUCGGUCAAGCAGUGUGUCAGGUUGUCAGUUUGUUGAUGUGUUCAGGUGUAUCACUGUCCUGUGUCUGAGCGACUGUACAUGUCAGGCUCAGGGGAUCACUGUCAAAGAACGAGGCUGCAAUUUGUUAAAAACUCAUCAAAUUACUGAGGGGUAUCAAGUGUCAUGGCAGGUUUUAUUAAUCCUUAACCAACUGCUUCACAUCAAGUAUACUAUGUUAUAAAUGCUACUGUGUUUUAUAUUAAGUACUUUAUCAUUUGUGUGAUACAAAAUUUGCAUUUGUAGUCAAGUUAACUGAUGGAUUAUACAAUUGUUUAUUUUUACAAUAAAACAUCAGGAAAU